CGAAAAUAACCCCACUCUCACUUAGUUACUGACAGUGGCACAGAGAGAAAGACACGCAGAGAGUGGAGCUCUGUUCUUCUUCUCUUCCAGCUUCUGAAUCUGUAGGCAGGCUUUGGUUAUCCAAAUUAGCAGAGUGUAGAGAAAAGUGUGCUUAGGAAAUAGUACUUUUGUAUAUUUACUGUAAAUAAGAUCAGUAUGGGUGAGGAAGAACCAGUGAAUGAAGUUACUAAGACUGAUUCAAAUGGAAAGAACUUGCCUGAGAAAACUUUGGAUGAAAUUAGUGAGAAGAAGGACUUGGAAACUGAUGGAGGAAAAGUCUUGGAGAAAAAUGAAAUCAAAGAGUUGAAAGAAAAUGUAAAAGAAAUUGAAGAAGAUAAGAAAGCUGAUGGUGUGGAAAAGGUAGAAGAGGAUAAGAAAGUUGGUUUUGCGGAAGAAGCAAUAGAGGAUAAGAAAGAAGAUAGGGUGGAAGAAGUAAAAGAGGAUAAGAAAGAUGGGGUGAAAGAAGUAAAAGAGGAUAAAGAAGUUGAUGGUGUGGAAGAAGUAAAGGAGGAUAAGGAUGUUGGUGCUGCGAAAGAAGUAGUAGAAGAUAAGAAAGAUGAUGAUGCGAAAAAAAUAGAAGAGGAUAAGAAAGAUGAUCAUAUAUCUGAGAAUGAUAAAAUGGAUGAAGACACUGAGGAUAAUGAUACAAGGGAAGGUAAACAAGAAAAUGAAGUAGAGGCUGAGAAACCAGAGGUAGAUGCUAUGGAAGUAGAGGUUAGCACUCAGGAGGAGGAGAGCAAUGACAAAGAGAAAACUGAAGUGGAGAUGGAGGAUGAGGAUAAUAUUGAUAAGUCAAAAGAUGAAGAGAAGCCUGAAGAUAGUAAGGCUGAGAAGAGAUCACAAAAGCGUGGAAGAGGGAAGAUCAAUGGGGAGAAAGUGAAAGGGAAAAGAAAAGAAGUUAAGAAGAUAGAACCAAGGACACCUACUAUAGAUCGUCCUGUGCGGGAAAGGAAAUCAGUUGAGAGGUUGGUAGCAUCAAUUGAGAAAGAUGCAACUAAAGAAUUUCACAUUGAAAAGGGUCGUGGUACUCCUUUAAAAGAUAUACCCAAUGUGGCAUUUAAGUUAUCUAGAAGGAAGACUGGUGAUACUUUCAAAUUGCUCCAUAACAUCCUCUUUGGAAGGAGGGGGAAGGCAGUUCAGAUCAAGAGUAAUAUAUCAAGGUUUUCUGGUUUCGUAUGGCUUGACAAUGAGGAAAAGCAAAUGAUUAAAGUAAAAGAAAAAUUUGACAAGUGUAAUAAAGAGAAGUUAAUGGAAUUUUGUGAUGUGCUUGACAUAACAAUUGCAAAGGCAACAACAAGGAAGGAAGAUAUUAUUGCUAAGCUGAUAGACUUUUUAGUUGCUCCUCAUGCAACCACAGCUGUGUUACUUGCAGAGAAAGAGCAGCCCAAUAAAGGAAAAAAGCGGAAGCGUGUUGUAAAAUGGGGUUCCUCAAGAUCUGGGAUAACCUCAAGACGUUCUGCCAAGAGACCAAAUAAAAAUGAAGAUUCUUCAGUUGUGCAAAGAAAGAGUGCAACUGACACGGAAGAUGAGUCAGACGAAGAAGAGAAAGAUGAAGAAAAUGAGGAGGAAAAUGAAAAUGGUGUUCCUGAGAAAUCUGAGGAGGAAACACUGGAGAAAUCUGAAAGUGAAGAUGAAAGUGAUUCUGGGAGUGAAUCUGAAGAUAUAAAAAAAAAGAAAAAACUUUCUAAAACAUCAUCUGCAAAGAAAGAAUCUGCUACAAAAAGUAAAAUUGAGAAAAUUACAGUUGCAAAGAAAUCCCGCUCUGCACCAAAAAGAACACCUAAGAAAUCAUCAUCCACCCUCUCAAAGUCUGAUGAUGAUAGUGAUGGAAGUCCAAAGGUCUUUUCAAGGAAGAAGAAAAAUGAGAAAGGAGGAAAGCAGAAGACAUCUACGCCAAUUAAGUCUGUUUCCAAAGAGAAAGCUGAAAAGGUUACUAAAGGAAAGGCCAAGAAGAAAGAGAAGUUGGGCCCCAGUGAUGGUCAGUUAUGUGAUGCGAUAUGUGAAAUUCUUAAAGAAGUUGACUUCAAUACGGCCACAUUUACUGACAUUCUGAAGAAACUUGCUAAACAAUUUGAUGUGGAUCUCACCCCAAGAAAGGCAUCUAUAAAGCUCAUGAUUCAGGAAGAGCUGACAAAACUAGCUUAUGAAGCAGAUGACGAGGACGGAGAGAAAGAUGAAGCCCCAUCUACUGGCCAGGAGGUUGAAGUCUGAUUAAGGAUUAGACCUGACUGCUUGGAGAUAGGUUUAGCAAUGUAUACUAUAACCCCAGUUAUGCUGUGUCUGUACACCUUGUUGAGUAAAAGUGGCUGUAACUUAUUGUUAGCAUCCAUCCAAUCUGAAGACAAUAAAGUUGUAUUUGUCAUUUUAGUGGAGGCUUUUGUUGGCCUGUUGGUAUGCAGCUUCUUUGUCACACAUCAAGAGAAUUUGUAGGCUUUUACUGUGCAUGAAUACUACUGACCAAAACUACACCAAUUUCACCAAUCUGUCUAGUUUAAUAAAUAUUUGACCUUUGAAGUUGU